GGAAUGGGGAGUCAUUCCAAGUUUGUAUAUAAAGAGAAACUAUGUUUUAGGGGGAAUAAUACCUAUAGAUAUUUACCGCCCAACCCAUUUACAGUCCGUGGUGGACAGUUUCACAGCUUUUCUGUGUUUAAGAUUUAUUUCACAGCUUUACUUGUGGCAAGGAAAUUUGAUGUGAUCCUUGUGAGCUUUGCUUUUAAGCUGAGUUAAAUUUGUGGCAAGGGUGUCAGGCAUUUCAUACGUGGCUUAGAAAAAAAAAGAAAGAAGAAAGAGAGAGUGUGUGAGAGAGAAAAAACAUUGUGUGUGUGUGUGUGUGUGUGUGUGUGUGGAAGAAAUCUUGCUGGAAUUCCCUCAAAGGUUCUAGUAGGGACAAGAAAAGCAAGACUGGGGGAUAAAACUAUGGGGCUGUGAAAAGAUGUCCCAUUGCAUAAAGCAGGCUGUUGUAGAAACACUCUGGGAAUACACAUGUUCAUCUUGUCCUGGAUAUGACUGAGUACAAGGAAGUUGCUCUCUAUUGACUGUUCAAAAAGUAGAAGAUUAUGUUUCUCGUACUUACAGUUUUUUUGCCAGUGGUUUUCAAAAUUGGUUUUGUUAGCCUCUCAGUUUUACAGCAUUGGAACUGUCCCAAGGGAUACCGAUUGGGGAAUGAAAACUCGACUUGUAUAGAUAUUGAUGAAUGCCUUGAAGGUGGUCUAGGUACCUGUGGCCAAUCCUGCAUCAAUGUUCCAGGGUCCUAUCUCUGCUCCUGCUUGCCUGGCUACACACUGGACAAUGACAGGUGGUCCUGUUAUGCUGAUGAUCCUGCACCAUUCCUAAUUUUUAGUCAUGGAAAUGCGAUCUUUAGAAUUGAUAGAGAGGGGACCAAUCAUGAAAGGCUAGUUGCUAAUGCUGGCCUAUCAGUGCUCAUAGAUUUUUAUUACAAAGAUGAGAAAAUGUAUUGGGUGGACUCUGAAAAAGGACUUCUGCAACGAGUGUACCUGAAUGGCACAAAACAAGAGAGACUAUGCUACAUUGAAAAAGGUGUUUCAGGAUUUGCCAUCGACUGGAUAAAUCAAGAUAUUAUUUGGGCCAACCACCAGAAAGCAACUAUUGAAGCAACUGAUAUGAAUGGAAAUAAUUCCCGAGUCCUUUUAAAGGACAUAGGUCAUCCCACAAGUAUUGCUGUUGACCCUGUGAAAAGGUCUAUAUUUUGGUCUUCAGACAGCGCUUUAUCCAGCAUUCACAGAGCAACUGUCGAUGGAACUGACAUGAGAAGUGUUUUAAGGACCACAGAAAAAAUAAAGACCAUUUCAUUGGAUUUUACUGACACGAGACUCUUCUGGAUUCAGUAUGAUAGUGAGGAAGAUGUGUCACGCAUUGGGUCAUGUGACUAUAACGGUGGCUCUAUACAUUUGCCCAUACAUUCUGCCCGACACCAUUUAUUUGGCAUGUCUUUGUUUGCGGAGCACUUGUACUAUUCAGAGCUGAAAACUGGCAUCAUCUGGAGAGCCAAUAAAUUUACAGGGAAGGUUAUAGUCACAAUCAGCUUGAAACCAUUUUUGCCACCUACUGAAAUAAAAGUGGUACAUCCAUUUAAACAGCCUGGUACAAGAACAGAUGUUCAAGAUUUUGAACACAGAUCCUGCCAUUUAAAUAAUGGAAACUGCAAGAGAAGCAUCUGCAAGGCUGACUCCAAGACCCAUCUGUGCAAGUGUUCCAAUGGAUUUGUUUUAAGUCGAAAUAGGCAAUACUGUGAAGAUGUCAAUGAAUGUGCGUUUUGGAACCAUGGCUGUACUCUGGGAUGCGUAAAUAUCCCUGGCUCCUAUUACUGUACGUGUCCACGAGGUUUUAUUUUGCUACCUGAUAGGAAAACAUGUCAUGAGCUCAUUUCCUGUGCAAAUAAUCACACUGAAUGCAGCCACGGUUGUCUUGAAACAUCUAAAGGGCCCAUUUGCUUCUGUCCUGGGGGAUCGGUGCUCCAAGUAGAUGGGAAAACAUGCUCAGGUUGUACAUCUCUGGAUAAUGGUGGAUGCAGCCAGAUUUGUACCUCUUUAAGCCCAUCUUCCUGGGAGUGUGGUUGUUUUCCUGGAUAUAAGCUACAAGGGGAUAAAAGACGCUGCACUGCUAUAGGCCCCAGGCCAUUUUUGCUAUUUGCAACUGGCCAGGACAUCAGACGCAUCAGUUUUGAUGGAACAGAUUAUACAAGUUUACUCGACUGGCAGAUGGGAAUAGUCUUAGCGCUGGACUAUGACCCCGUUGAAAGUAAGAUUUAUUUUGCACACACAGUCUUGAAGUGGAUAGAACGAGCUAAUCUGGAUGGCUCAAAUCGUGAAAAAAUUAUUUAUGAAGCUAUAGAUAUACCUGAAGGUCUUGCUGUGGACUGGAUUAACCGUAAAUUGUAUUGGACAGACAGAGGGAAGUCAUAUAUUGGGAGGAGUGAGUUGAAUGGAAUACACAGAGAAAUGAUCAUCAAGGAGGAUGUCCUCCAGCCUCGAGGGAUUGCUGUUCACCCAUUAGCCAAGAGACUCUUCUGGACUGACUUGGGGGUCAAUCCACGGAUCGAAAGUGCUUCCCUACAAGGCAAUGAUCGUCGGGUUAUAGCAAGCAUGGACCUGGUGUGGCCCAGUGGAAUAACAGUUGACUGCUUAGCUGACAAGUUGUAUUGGUGUGAUGCUAAACAGUCUGUUAUUGAAACUGCAAAUCUGGAUGGCUCUAACCGCCAAAUACUUGCACAGAACGAUGUAGGCCACCCGUUUGAUGUAGCAGUAUUUGAGGAUCACAUUUGGUUCUCUGACUGGGCUAAGCCUUCGUUAAUGAGGGUGGACAAGAAGACCGGCCAAAACAGGGUACGUCUUCGAGGCAGCAUGCUGAGACCCUCAUCAGUGGUUGUAGUUCAUCCUUUGGCGAAACCAGGAGGUGUCUCUGUACACAAGAAGGCAGCAUCACAGAAUAAAACAGCAACACUGGAAACCUUUCAUCAAAGUCCAUUGAAUAGUGGUGCAUAUCGGGAUACUAGCAAUGAGGAGGAGCUACAGAACAAGCAGUUGUUGAUGGCUGAAAUCAUGCUGUCUGAUCAAGAUGAUUGUGCGGUGUUAGAAUGUAAUAGGAAUAGCCAGUGUAUUCCCCUGGAAGGUGGUGCUACGUGCCAAUGUUUGAAAGGAUUUACCAGGAAGGGUAAAUCAUGCUAUGAUGUGGAUGAAUGUACUCUUAACAUGGAUGGCUGUAAUCGACGCCUGUCAGACUGCAUCAAUACUGAAGGUGGCUACGUCUGCAAGUGUCGGGAGGGCUAUACUGGAGAUGGGCUUCGUUGUUAUGAUAUCGAUGAAUGCCAGCUGGGGAUGCACACAUGCAGAGACAACACUGUCUGCACCAAUACUGAAGGAAACUACACCUGCACUUGCCUCAGUGGUCCAUCUGGAGCCAGGGCCAACUGUACUGAAUCUGCUCUGCAGUCUACCACUAGCACCAGUGGUGACAACAUUUCCAUUGAACAAGAUGGUUUUAUGGGCUGUCCAUCUUCACAUGACUCCUAUUGUCUCCAUGGCGGAGUUUGUAUUUAUGUUUCAAUUCUCCAAGAUUAUGCAUGCACCUGUGUGACAGGUUACGUGGGGGAGCGCUGUCAGUUCAGUGACUUGGAAUGGUGGGACCAGCAGCACGUGGAGCAAAUAAAGAAGCGGAACAUCGCAAUAGCAGUUUGUAUAACUGUACUGUUCCUGCUGCUCCUCCUGGGAUCUCUUGCUGCUUACUGUUGCAGAAGUCAGAACUUCUAUAAGAAGAAUCCCUAUGCAGAAGCGAUAAGAAAUGCCAGCAGCAGCAGCAGUGCCGACAGUGAGAACGUGACACCUACUAGCAAUAAGCCUCGGUUCCUUGUUGUGAUGGCACAUAACAGUCACAGGGAAGGCAGAGCUGUCGAACUAAUGGACUGCGAGGCAGCUGAUGACGACCGCUCCUGUCCUUCAGAGCCCGCGUAUGUGCGGUCUCAUCCUGCAGCAAACAACAAAGCAACGCAGAUGCUAGCAGAAGAGGGGAGCGAACCGGGGUGCCAGCUACAUCUUCUCAAUGGUAGGAAGCCACCAGUUGGUGAAGCAGAGAAGAGCCCACAUGAGCUUCAGUGGAGCAUCACCCACAAUCCCAUGUUGGAAGGUGACCUCCGCUCCUAAGCACCAGCCAUCCUGUUAAUGCUGCCAGAAUAAAGGGUCUCAGAACUAAGCCGAAGUAGUGGUAGCAUGGAUUCAGUAUGAAACUGAAAUAUACAAUCUAUUGGCGCUAUAUUUUUUUCUUUAAACUGUACAUUAAAAAUACCUUGCCAGUCCUUCCUUAUCUCUGUUUGGAAGCACUACUGUGAUGGACAUACCAGUACUAAAUAUUCUAUUACAUUUUUAAUAUCACUGUACAAGUUCUACUAAUUUCAGCACUUUGCAGCUAAGACGACAUGGAAGAAAAUGCACCCCAGCUGCUGACCAUUAGAAACAAAUCUUCUGAAUGUUUUUAUUAUUUUCUAGUGUUUGCUUUCUUCAUUCUUAUUCAGAAGUCAUGAAAUCAGACUAGAUAACAGGUAACCAGGAUGGCCAUAUGGAGAAACUACAGUUCUGUAACCUAGGAUAAUGCAGUAGAAUCAGAUAAAAUGGUUUCUUCAGUAGGCCUGAAGAUCCUCUCCUCUACACUGGUUUGAGACUUGUGUGCUUGUUUUGACUUCAGUGGAGUUACUCCUGAUAAAGGUUUGUGUAAGUGACAGCAAAUUGAGGUCCUAUACUUUUAAGAUUUACCUGGACCAUAAGAAUUUUUCUGUAAAUGAACAUCUGUUAUAUGCAACAAGGGAGAUGUAGCUUCUGGGGAAACCAACAUCAUUCAUCAAUCUUCCUAUCUAAAAUCUUCAAAGUCCUUAAGAUCAUGAAUUAGUUUGUUUCUGGGAUGAGACAGUGGACCAGUUUCUUCUCUGGUCUACCAGUGUCACUGCACUGGAGUUAUUUUCCCUUCAUCAUGGUGUGACUGAGUGAAAUCUGGCUCAUUCUGGAUGAGCCUGGUGUAUGGAAAGAGUUCCAGCCAUCUGCCACAUGAAAUACACAUACUUCAUAAAAAACGAAGGGAAAAAAAAUCCAGUUUGGAUUGAGUUACACAAAACCGGCUUGCUUGUACUGCUACAUUAAAUCCAGGGGAUUGAUUAUAAACAUAUAAGAGGAUUUAUUUUUAUUGUUGACAUCCAAGCAGCUACAAUUUACACCUAAUUAUUUAAUACCCACGUAAAAUUAGCACAGAGAGAGAGAGGUGUCACUUAUGAGCUCAAAUUACUUGCAUCCUGUUCACUGGAAUUGCUGAGAUUGUUUUUAAAAUAUUUGCAGAUCAGCUCUAUUACUUUGAAUAUGAAUAUUCCCAUGGGCACUUCCACCCCAUUCAUACAGGAAUGUGGUUGCAAUUCAAAAUCAAGCCACCAGUUUUUCUGAGGUUUAUUCUGCACUAAUUAUGGAUCAUCAUCUUUAAUAUCCUCUGAGUUUUCCAUCACUAUUAAUAGUGUUCAUAAUUUCUUAAUCUGGAUAGCUGAAAACAUUAUUCCUAUUCACAUAUAUUGGCAAUCCUUUUUUAGAAUUCUAUUAAAAAGGGCAGGAUAUAUUUUCCAUUCAUUUUAUUAAGUCUCCAGGGUAGUGAUUGGAGAAGCAAGUGCUAGUCACUUACCCAAGUAUAAAACUGGGGUAUCUCUACUAGUGUGGGCGAUAGAAGAACUGAGCUUGUGAUAUCUUAAUUAACAUAUGUCCAGUCACCACAUCAGCUCUGAUUUCAAUGUAAAGUUAUGAAACACAUCUUUUAGAAAAAGUUUUGUAAAAAUUAGAUUUGUUUCAUUUCUACUUGGAAAUGUUCCGAUGUGUUUGUAACUGCCAUUAACAUUAAUGGCAAUUACACAUACCCAUAUGAACAGAUGGACUCCUCUGUUUAAACUGAAAUGAUUUGAAGAGUGUGAGAACACUAAAUAAUAUACAAGAGAGGACAAUGCUUGUGUUGAAACACAAGUACUCAAUGGAUUGGACUGUAAAAUAAAUAGCUACACUUUGAAUAUAUUAGAGAUGGAUCAUAGUCUCCAAGUAUGGAUUUGUAUCUAAACCCACACCUCCGAGGAUUUUGCAGAGGUAUUUGUUCAUGUCAGUGAUUUUGCUUGUCUCAGUAUAAGGACAGAGGCCAGACUAGGCAUGUUAAAUUGAGAUUAAUUAACUAAUCGAAUAGUUGAUGGGAUUUCCAUUGACUAUUCGAUUACUCUAUAAGGGGGC